GGAGGACGCGGGGCCCGGUGCUGGCCUCAGCAUGGCCGAGAUCCAGGCGCUGCCGAAGCUUCGGGAAGACUUCCGGAUGCAAAAGAAAUCUGUCUUUAUUCUGGGCGCCAGCGGGGAAACAGGCAGAGUGCUCUUAAAAGAAAUCCUGGAACAGAACCUGUUUUCCAAAGUCAUGCUCAUAGGCCGGAGGAAGCUCACCUUCGAGGAGGAAGCAUACAAAAACGUGAAUCAAGAAGUGGUGGACUUUGAAAAGCUGGAUGACUAUGCGUCUGCCUUCCAAGGUCAUGAUGUUGGAUUUUGUUGCCUAGGCACCAUCAAAUCGAAAGCUGGAGCAGAAGGAUUUGUUCGUGUUGACCGAGAUUACGUGCUGAAGUCAGCAGAGCUGGCAAAAACUGGAGGUUGCAAACAUUUCAACUUGUCCUCUCGAGGAGCCGAUAAGUCAAGCAAAUUUUUGUAUUUACAAGUUGAGGGAGAAGUAGAAGCCAGGGUUGAAGAAUUAAAAUUUGAUCGUUACUCAGUAUUUAGGCCUGGAGUUCUGCUGUGCGACAGGCAAGAAUCUCGCCCAGGUGAAUGGCUGGCUAGGAAAUUCUUUGGCUCCUUACCAAACUCUUGGGCCAGUGGCCUCUCUGUGCCCAUGAUGACUCUGGUGAGAGCAAUGCUGAACAACUUGGUGAGACCAGGCGACCAGCAGACGGAAGUCCUGGAAAGCAAGGCCAUCCACAGCCUGGGAAAAGCUGACAGCUCUCUCAAGCUGUGACCAUGCUGUGGAAAUGCUUUU